UCAGUGCUGCCUUUAAAUAUCGCUGUUUAUGCUCUUUCAUUGCCAUUCUUACUUUAUUUUUAUUUUAACUAUCACAUAUCAAUGUCUGUGAGCAUCCAGAGCUCCUGCAGUCUUAAACCAAAUGCCAAAACUAAGACUGGCCGUCUUUCCCUUUCCGAAUUGGAUCAAAUUGGAACCAUAACUCAUAUCCCCACUAUUUACUUCUAUAAACCAUCUCUUUCAAAUUGGCUUCAACCAUUCACUUCCAUUGUCGAUAUCCUCAAAGACUCCUUAAGCCGCGUGCUGGUGGCCUUUUAUCCACUUGCUGGUCGUUUACACUGGAUUGGCCAUGGCCGCCUUGAGCUUGAUUGCAAUGCCAUGGGCGUCACGUUUAUUGAUGCUGAAUCUCAAUCAAAACUAGAGGAUUUUGGUGAUUUUUCACAAUUUUCAGAGUACCAACACCUCAUCCCACAUGUAGACUAUACUCUUCCAAUGCAUGAAAUACCUUUAUUGCUAGUGCAAGUUACAAGGUUCCAUUGUGGUGGUUUCAGCAUUAGUUUAACUUUGUCUCAUGUUGUUGUUGAUGGGCAAAGUGCACUUCAUUUUAUCUCUGAGUGGGCUCGUAUUGCUCGUGGUGAGCAAUUAGGCACACGACCAUUUUUUGAUCGAAAGGUCUUGCGAGCUGGGGGUCCUCCAAUUUCUGGGACGCUAUUUCAUCAUAAGGAGUUCGAUGAACUACCACUCUUGAUUGGGCAAUCAAAUAAUUCGGAAGAAAGAAGAAAGAAAACAAGUGCUUCCCAGCUAAAGAUAACAAAAGCCCAAGUUGAGAAGCUAAAGAGCAAGGCUAAUGAGAGCAAAAGUAUGGACAAUGGUGGAGGUUAUACCAGAUAUGAGACCUUGACUGCUCACGUAUGGAGAUCUGCAUGCAAAGCUCGCGAGCACAAACCUGAACAACCAACUGCUAUGGGUAUUUGUAUCGAUUCAAGAAAACGUAUGCAACCACCUUUGCCUGAUGGGUAUUUUGGCAAUGCUAUUCUUGACGUGAUUGCAGUGAGCAACUCUGGUGAGCUUGUAUCAAAGCCUUUGGGAUUUGCCUCAAGCAAAAUAAGAGAUGCAAUCCAGAAUGUGACGAGUGAAUACAUUAACUCUGCGAUUGACUUCUGCAAGAAUCAGCAAGAUUUGACCAAGUUUCAAGACAUUUAUGCUCUGCAAGGUACUGAUGAAGGGCCUUUUUAUGGCAAUCCUAAUCUACUACUUGUCAGCUGGUUAACGUUGCCAAUAUACGGUCUUGAUUUUGGGUGGGGAAAGGAAAUUUAUAUGGGACUAGGAAGUGUUGAUUUUGAUGGAGAUGCAUUCCUUGUGCCUAGUCAUGAUUCGGAUGGAUCCUUGGUUCUUGCCAUAUGUUUGCAGGCAGAUCAUAUCAAAGCUUUUGAGAAGUACUUCUAUGAAGAUAUCAUCUAGACACU